UUUUUUUUUUUUUUUUAAAUAAGAACUUCAAGUUGACAUGGCACAUAAUCGAAGGAAAAAUCACAAAAUUCCAACAUGUUUUCCAACUAUGGGAGACUGAAUAUCAUUACAAACUGACCACUCUGACACCCGAAAAAAUCUAUACAUAAAUACUUUAUAUUAUACAAUUUCAUUUAACAGUCUUUGAUUAUUGGCUGUGCGUUUAAUUCUUUUCCCUGUUGGGUGGUAGAUUCUGAGAGCUAUAUAAGGAGGGGAAUAAGCUGGCUGUGAGGCAGGUCAUUCUUGAGGAAGAGAGCGUAUCGCUCUUAGUAGGAGAAGGGAGGGAGAACUAUUACCACCACCAACAGCGGAGAAUAAUGGAUGGGGAUAGAGAGGAUUCUUGGCCCCGAAAGGUUCAUGAUGAGGAACAGUUGAGUGUUGAGAUUCCUGAGACUGCUCAUCAGAUUAGCAGUGAUUCAUGGUUUCAAGUGGGUUUUGUGCUCACAACCGGUGUCAACAGUGCCUACGUACUGGGAUAUUCUGCGACUAUUAUGGUUCCUCUGGGUUGGGUUGUUGGUAUAGUUGGUUUGAUUAUAGCUGCCGCAAUAUCAUUGUAUGCAAAUUCUCUUGUUGCCAAUCUUCAUGAAUUUGGGGGGAAGAGACACAUCAGAUACAGAGAUCUUGCAGGAUAUAUUUACGGUAAGCAAGCAUAUUCUAUUACAUGGGGAUUGCAAUACGUUAAUCUUUUCAUGAUUAACACUGGAUACAUUAUUUUGGCUGGUCAGGCUCUCAAGGCCGUCUAUGUUCUUUUUAGGGAUGACAAUGAAAUGAAGCUCCCAUACUUUAUUGCCAUUGCUGGAUUUGUAUGUGCUUUGUUUGCCAUUUCGAUUCCCCAUUUGUCAGCCCUAAGAAUUUGGCUAGGAGUUUCAACAGUCCUCAGUCUGAUAUAUAUCAGUAUAGCCAUUGUUCUCUCAAUUAGAGAUGGCCUCAAAGCACCACCGAGGGAUUAUAGCAUUCCAGGAACCUCAGCAUCUAAAAUAUUUACAUCAAUUGGGGCAGGUGCUAGCCUUGUUUUUGCAUUUAACACAGGAAUGCUUCCAGAGAUACAGGCAACAAUAAGGCAACCUGUUGUUAGUAACAUGAUGAAGGCACUGUAUUUUCAAUUCACAAUUGGAAGUUUGCCAUUGUUUGCUGUCGCCUGGAUUGGUUAUUGGGCUUAUGGAAAUUCAACAACAACCUAUUUGCUUAGCAGCGUCAAUGGUCCAGUUUGGGUGAAGACAGUAGCCAACAUUUCUGCUUUCCUGCAAUCUGUCAUUUCUUUGCACAUUUUUGCAAGUCCAAUGUAUGAGUACUUGGAUACCAAGUUUGGGAUUAAAGGUAGUCCAUUAGCAAUCCGCAACUUGUCUUUUCGAUUUGGGGUGAGAGGUGGCUACCUAACCAUUAACACAUUGGUGUCAGCUCUUCUGCCUUUCCUUGGAGAUUUUGAAAGCCUUACUGGGGCUAUCAGCACCUUCCCCCUUACAUUUAUCCUAGCUAACCACAUGUACCUAAGGGCAAAAAAGAACAUACUAACCAAUUGGCAAAAGCAAUGGCAUUGGCUCAAUGUUUGUUUCUUUGGCUGUAUGUCUCUCGCAGCAGCAGUUGCAGCUCUGAGGCUUAUUGCAGUAGAUUCCAAGACUUACCAUUUUUUUGCAGAUUUAUGAUGAUUUUUGUAAUGGGGAGAUUCAAUUAAACCCCUUCUUCAGAAAUCAGAAAAUGUGUCACAGUGAUCAAGUAACGUUUAGAUUUCUUCUUCUAUUUGGCUUUUGCUUGUAGCUUUAAGCAUGGAAUAAAAUAGUUUAUUUUUCAA